AUGUUCGCUGUGAGAUCACUUUUCUCACUGUCUCUGAAGAAUCGGCUUUUUACUACGCAACCUAGUCGUUUUGCGCAUUCCAACAGAGCUCACUUUCCUCGUAUCUUGCCGCAUCGCAAUGCGCCAUUGCCUAUAAACGCCAUGCAGAGCUCUUCCAGAAAACCUCAGACGGACGCGAAGCGGCGCAAGAAGGACAGAGCCGACCGGACGAAGAAUUCCGGAUUUGACGAAGUCCUGCAGACCGACAUUGAUAGCCUUCUUCAGAAGAAUAAAACCGAGGCAGAAAACGAUGCUUCCACCUCAUCACCCGCAUUACCAGAGCUCUUCACAGAGAUUGAAGUAACAGUGUCGGAGCUAUCUUCCACUGGAGAUGGUCUCGCGCUCUCCGAAAACAAGGAUCAUGUCUACGUCGUCCCCUUCACUGUCCCAGGCGACGGGGUGCUUGUCAAGGUCGUCCGGCAUCACGAACCUUUAUCCCACAGUUUGACGGACUUUAUCAAGGUGCUUGAACCAGGGCCGCAGCGCAAUGAUGCCGCGAUUGGAUGCGGGUACUUUGGCAGGUGCUCCGGAUGUCAGCUGCAGAUGAUGUCUUAUGAAGACCAGCUGGCGCACAAGAAGCGUAUCGUCGAGAAGGCGUAUGCCAACUUCUCGGGCCUCAUUCCCGAGCUGAUCCCCGCCGUUGACGGCACUUUCCCUUCGCCUUUGCAAUACGGAUACCGGACCAAGUUGACACCGCACUUUACAGCUCCUGGGGGCCACAGCGCAGCUAAAAGAAGGAAGUCGGGCGAGGUUCCAACUGAAGUGCCUCCCAUCGGAUUCACAUAUAAGAACCGGCGCAUGGAUAUGGACAUUGAGGAUUGUCCGUUAGGAACAGACAUUGUGCGGCGAGGCCUCAAAAGUGAAAGAAAGAGGGUUGCCCAGAACCUCCACAAAUAUACUAAAAAGGGUGCAACGCUUCUGAUGCGCGAGUCUACCAGGCGCAUCCCGAAGGACUCGGCCGAGACAGAGGCCAGCGCCGUACAGAAAGAGGGCGAGAACCCACCAGAAUCAGAGUCCGGCGAUGUCAUUCGCAUAGAACGCGAUAGCUACAUCGAAGAGAAGCGAUGCGUGACCGACAACAACGCCACCUCGGUUGAAUACAUCGACGACUACAUCUUCACCAACAAAGCCGGCGCUUUCUUCCAGAACAACAACUCCAUCCUCUCCGGGUUCACAGAGUACAUCCGCCAGCACGCGUUCCCCAAAGACAACGAACAAGAUCCCAACCCGAUCAAGUACCUCCUCGACGCCUACUCCGGCUCCGGUCUCUUCACCAUCACCCUGUCUCCCCUCUUCAAAUCGAGCCUCGGCGUAGAUGUAGCAGCCGACUCGAUCGUGUCCGCCCGCGAGAACGCCCGCGCCAACAACCUCCCCAAUACCGGCUUUGCCGCCGCAGACGCCGCCACCCUCUUCAAGAACGUCCCAUACCCGGCGGAACAGACCCUACUCGUCAUUGACCCGCCGCGUAAAGGGUGCAGCGAUGAUUUCCUCCGUCAACUGCUGACCUACGGUCCCCGACGGGUUGUAUAUGUCAGCUGCAACGUGCACACUCAGGCGCGCGAUGUGGCGGUCAUGGUUCAAGGAGAUACGAACUCGAGAUAUGAGAUUGAGAGUAUUCGAGGAUUCGACUUCUUCCCGCAGACAGGACAUGUGGAGGGAGUCGCGGUUUUGAAUAAGGUGCCGGUCACUGCGUCUUAG